GAAGGUGAUGCGAAGUUGGAUCUGACGCGCCCGCUGCAAACGAUGCACUGCCCACAUAUCACAAUGAGCUGUUUUUGACUUUGUGCAGUGGCCAUCCAACCAUAUUCAAUGCAUUCACAUUCCCUUUGUCCUCUCUGUCCAAGUCUACUCUUUCAGCGUUUACAAGUCUACCCUCAAAAUUGCCUUCUUAUUCAUUUUUCAAAUUCAAUGCCAGACUCUGAAACAAAACACAAGACACGUAACAAGCUAACCUAAGUUUAGUAGAAUUUCAAGUUUCAAAAAUGGCUCUGAACUACAAUGGAGGCGCCUCUUCGUCUUCGUCAUCUUCUCCUUCACGUCCUUGGUGGAAAUAUGAUGUUUUUGUUAGUUUUAGAGGAGAAGACACUCGCAAAAACUUCACUGAUCAUUUAUGCAGAGCUUUGGACCAAAAGGGUAUGAUCAUUUUUAGAGAUGAUGUCAAACUUGAGAGGGGCAAGCCCAUUGCACCGGAGCUCAUUAAAGCCAUUGAAGAAUCAAGAUUUUCUGUUAUUGUCUUUUCGAGAAACUAUGCGACGUCGUCCUGGUGUUUGGACGAACUUGCGAAGAUUGUUGAGUGCAUGAAAGAGAUGGGGCAAACUGUUGUCCCCGUUUUCUAUGAUGUGGAUCCAAGUGAUGUUCGUAAACAGACGGGGAGCUUUGGGGAGGCCUUUCAUAAACAUGAAGAAGCUGAUUUUGGAGAUGAGAGGUUGCAGAAGUGGAGACAUGCUUUGACUGAUGUGGCUAAUUUAUCUGGGUGGCAUUUGCAGGAUAGGCAUGAGGCAACAUUUAUCCAAGAGAUCGUUGAAGAAAUAUGGACUAAGUUGAGGCAGUCAUUCUCAUAUGUUGCUAAGGGGUUGGUUGGAAUAGAUUCGCGUUUGCAAGAAAUAGAUUGUUGUUUAGGUAUGGGGUUGAAUGAUGUUCGCAUUAUAGGGAUUUGUGGGAUGGGUGGCAUUGGUAAAACAACUAUUGCUAAGGUCAUUUAUGAGAGCAUUUCCUAUAAAUUUGAAGGUAGCAGCUUUGUCACAAAUAUUAGAGAGAUUUCUGAAAAAUUUGGUUCAGUUGCUUUACAAGAGCAACUUCUGUCUCAAACUCUAAGGGAAAAAAAUAUGAAUCUAUUGGACAUUCAACGAGGCAUGUAUUGUAGGCUGCAAAAUAAAAGAGUUCUUAUCGUUCUUGAUGAUGUAAAUGAAGUAGAACAGUUAGAAGCAUUAGCAGGUGAUCGUGAAUGGUUUGGUCCUGGAAGUAGAAUCAUUAUAACCACUAGAGAUAAGCAUCUGCUGAUCGCUCAUCAUGUGGAUAUAAUAUACAGGGCCAAGAGUUUAGAUUCCAAGGAAGCCCUUCAACUUUUUAGUUUGAAAGCAUUUAAGCAAAACCAUCCUUUUGAAGAAUAUAUAGCGCUGUCUAGGAGCAUUGUAAGCUAUGCUAACGGUCUUCCAUUAGCUCUUGUAGUUUUGGGCUCUUAUCUCUGUGGUAGAAGUGUAAAUGAGUGGAGAAGCGCACUCAAAAAGCUUAUAGAAAUUCCUAACCGGAAAAUUUUUGAUGUACUCAAAAUAAGUUAUGAUGUCCUAGAGGAAACAGAGAAGAACAUUUUCCUUGAUAUUGCGUGUUUCUUUCAUAUGAGGAGAGUAACUCGAGUGACUGAAAUACUAGAGGCCUGUGAUUUUUACCCAGAAAUCGGACUUCGAGUUCUUGCUGACAAAUCUCUCAUAUCAAUUGACGAUAUAAAUGAUAGAUUAUAUGUCCACAGUUUGCUAAUAGAAAUGGCUCGGGCUAUUGUUCACCAAGAAUCUCCGAAAGAUCCAGGCAGACGCAGUAGGUUAUGGCUUUACAACGAUAUUCAUCAUGUACUUGAAAAGAAAAAGGGAACGGAAGCAGUUGAGGUCAUAUUCCGAGAUUCAUCUGAAUCAAAAGAGAUAUCUGUGGACAAUGAUGCAUUUGUAGGGAUGGAAAAUCUGAGGCUGCUUAAAAUAAGCAAUGUUUGUCUUCCUAAAGGGCUUGAAUUUCUUCCCAAUGAAUUACGGAUUCUUAAAUGGCAUGGAUACCCUCUAAAGUCAUUGACAUCAAGUUUCAAAGCUGAGAAACUUGUUGAACUUGAUCUUUCACAUAGUGGCAUUGAAAUAAUUUGGAAGGAUAUAGUGCAUCUAGAUGCAUUGAAAAUCUUCAAACUAAGUCACUCAAGAAAGCUGACCAAAACUCCAGAUUUCAGAGGAGUUCCAAAUCUUGAGAGGAUUAUUCUUGAAGGUUGUACGAAUUUAUAUGAGCUUCAUCCUUCUAUCGGUGACCUCAAAAAACUUUGUGCAUUAAAUCUGAAGGACUGCAAAAACCUGCCGAGUCUUCCAAGAUUAAUCUCUGGAUGGAGAUCUCUUAAAGUUCUUUUGCUCCUUGGCUGCACAAAAAUUGACAAAUUACCAGAGAACUUGGAGGAUUUUCAAUGUUUGGAAGAGCUUGAUGCUGGUAAAACUUCUAUUACAGAGACACCUUCAUCCAUUGUAAGUUUAAAGAACCUUAAAAGGCUGUCGUUUAAAGGAUGCAAGGGGCAAGUUCGCUCACAUUGGAACUGGUUCAGGUGCCUGUUGCCAGCAAUAGGCCCAAGCUCCAUGAGUUUUUCAUUUCCUUCCGUGGGAGGGUUAUUGUCGUUGACCGAACUUGAUUUAAGUUACUGUAAUCUCUUUAAAGAUAGCAUCCCAAGUGGUCUUGGCCAGUUAAGUGCAUUGAAGAAAUUAAAUCUAAGUGGGAACAAUUUUGUUAGCUUACCUGCUGGCAUUAAUCAACUUUAUAAGCUGCAAACUCUCAAAUUGGCAGAUUGCCAGAAUCUUCAAGCUCUGACAGAACUUCCGUCAAGCAUCGAAAAUCUAAGCACAUAUAACUGCCCAUCAUUGGAAAACUUGAGUGGUCCCUUGAGAUUAAGUUUGUCAAAUUUUCGGGAAUUCUCCCUUCAAAAUUGUUUCAGAUUGCUUGAGAAUCAAGGUGGUGACAAUGUGGCAAUUUCACUGCUAAAACAUCAUCUUUUCUUGAUAGCAAGUAUCAGGAUUAUAAGGGUCGCAUCCAUGUUGCUCAAUCUUUUGGAGAACCAAGAAAGCAAUGAUCCACACACUGCAAUUAUGGUCAGUUCAAUCUGCACAUUGUUGAGUAAUCUGUAUCAGGAACUUCCUGACAUCCCUUCUGCCAUGCCGAGAUUAGUUGUUUUUUUACCGGCUAAUGGAAUACCAGAUUGGUUCGGAUUCCAGACUAGGGGCACUUCAUUAUCCAUUCAGCUACCUCCAAAUUGGUACAAUGAUUAUUCAUUCUUAGGAUUGGCUAUCUGUGCUACUUUAGAAGUACAAGAGCAUCCAGGGCUGGAAAAAAGAGACGAUGCCCAAUGGCUUCCACCAGUUUUGCAGUAUAUUUCAAGUCCUUCAGGAUGUGAUUACAAGUGUAAAUUUUAUUUGUUUUCUGCCGAGAGAAGGUGCUUAAUUUUGGGCAAGGAGGCUCUCUUGAAUGGAGACAAAAUGGCUCUAUCAAAUCAUCUGUGGCUUUUCUUUAUAACAUUUGAUGAAUACUUCCAAAAGAGGAAAUGGAGUCAUGUUGAGGCUUACUUUAGACUUGAAGGUUCAGGUCUUGAGUUCAAAAAGUGUGGGGUUCGCUUUGUAUACCUAAAAGAUGUAGAAUUUAUUCAAUCAGUGUUUCAAGGCCUAAAUGAAGCUCAGUUGGAAGACUUUACCAUGCUACUUAACCAUUUUGUACAAGCAGUAGCUAGUGGAAAUGGAAGUAACUCUGUUGAUGAGGAUAAAGAUGGUACUGAGAUUAAGGAAUAUUCAGUUGAUUCUAUUGUUGAACUGAAGACAUGCAACAGCUAAGAACAAAAUGCAGGUACCUCUAUUUUUUCUCUGGUUUGAUUAUUUGACUUCGGACAUAGUUGAUAGAUCAUCCAAUGAGACACCCGUGUAGUUCUGGCAUAUUUAGCCUCUUUCAAAGUUUCCUGUGGCCAUGUCAAAGAUGUGUUGUAUAUCUAUUCUCAUGCACAACUGCAUAAUAAACAAUAAGACCACUGUACUAUUUCCAGGAGACUUGGUUUUCAUUUCUUUGUAAGGCAUUUGAUACUAGACACUUCAAUAUUUCAGUGUUUACGGCUUAAUUGUUCCUUUUUCUUGUAGUUUUGGUUUGAACAACAGUUUAAACAAGAACAUCUUCAGAGCUUC